AUGUUUAAGUAUGCAACCGGGAUCGAUAGAUUGGUUCUGCUUUUGGCUACCGUCGCGGCGGCUGUAGCGGGCGCUGCACUGUCUACAGUCUCCGUCAUUGUUGGUGCCUUUACUCAGCAUUUCAGUGACUUUCUCAGGGCGAAAGUAUCCGCGGAAGACUUUGCCCACGAUAUCCGGCACCUGGCCCUAUAUUUCAUAUACCUUGGGCUGAUCUCCUUUGCCGGGAUAUCACUCAGCACGUUCGGGUUUACCUGUGUCGCUGAGUCCAGCACUUACCAUCUCCGGAGGGCAUAUCUGUCAUCCCUCCUGAGGCAUGAUGUUCAGUACUUUGAGUCUACUGGCCCUGGAGAGGUAGUCUCCCGUCUCACGACCGAUAUGAGUCUCAUUAUUGACACCUUGUCUAACAAACUGUGUCUGCUGUCAACUGGCCUCUUCGCUUUCGUGACUUCGCUGAUCAUCGCGCUAUCUCUCAACUGGCGCCUGGCUCUGGUUCUUAUCUGCAUGCCCAUCACUAUGAUUGUGGUUAUGGGAACACUGGGCUCAUACAUGAAUAAGAUGCAACAAAAGACUGCUAGCGAAUAUGCGAAAUCCGCAAAUUUUGCCGAGGAUGUCUUUUCCUGUGCUCGCAGCGUGAUGGCAGAUGGGGCACAAAGGCGGUUGGAGAAGCGAUAUGAGAAGAUUCUCAUACCUGCAAUGAAGGCAGAUCUGCGGAGUAAGGGAGCUAUGGCGAUGAUGGUCGCCAUCGUAAUGAUGGUGAUCCUUUGGGGCUACGGACUUGCUAACGGCGAUGCCACCUUACGCGAAAUUGUGACGGUUUUGUUGACAUGUACGAUGGCUGGUGUGGUUUUGGGCCAAUCUGCACCAUUUGCUGCCUCAGUCAUGCAAGCAAAGGCAACCUCCACCGAAAUGUAUGCCACUAUCGAGCAAGUAUCGUCUAUUGGUCCUCUUUCAACAUCUGGAGAGACUCUCGAAUCUUUCACUGGGGAUAUUGAAUUUCACAAGGUCAAAUUCGCGUACCGCUCCAGAGAGACGAAGAUCGUUCUGAAUGAAUUCACCAUGCGGAUCAAACCCGGAGAGUCAACAGCGGUUGUUGGUCCAUCGGGAGCUGGCAAAUCAACCCUUAUUGCCCUUUUGGAAAGGUGGUACGAUCCAUUAGAAGGGAAUAUACAUCUUGAUGGACGACCCAUCAACGAGCUAAACCUCCGUUGGAUGCGAUCUCAAAUUGGGCUUGUUCCACAAGACCCUUUCCUAUUCAAUGCCUCAAUAUACGAUAACAUAUGCUACGGGCUAGGCGCGGAGGCGGAAAAGCUUUCGACAGAGACAACCACAGAAAAGGUGUAUGAGGCAGCCAAACUAGCGAAUAUACAUACCUUUAUCCUGGGCCUCCCUGGAGGAUAUUCAACGAGAGUCGGUCAAGGUGGCGGUCUUUUAUCGGGUGGUCAGCGCCAAAGAAUUGCUAUUGCACGAGCAGUCAUCUCUAACCCUCGCAUCUUGCUACUUGAUGAAGCCACGGCGGCAUUGGACGCGAGGAACGAGCAUGAUGUUCAGCAGGCUCUUCGGGCGGUUUUCAAAGGACGAACCACGCUUAUAGUUGCACAUCGUUUGUCCACAAUUCAGAGAGCCGACAACAUUGUUGUCAUGAACCACGGAAGACUCAUCGAACAAGGAACGCACGAGGAACUGAUGUCUCAGCAAUCGAUGUAUUCAAAGAUGGUUCAAGCACAAGAAAUCGGAAACAUCCCUCUAUUCUACCACUCCAAGAAAAAGUCAUUCCAUGAGGAGGGGGCCUUCCAGAAGGCGGAAUCUUUCGCCUUGGAUGCGGACUUUGUCAAUCCGCCCGCUAAGCAAUCAACAUGGACACUUAUCAAACUUGUCUGGCAUCUAAACCAACCCGAAAAAGCCUUUAUACUCCUUGGUAUAGCUGCCAGCGUAUUUGCAGGUGCCGCCUACCCGAUUCAAGCCAUCUUCUUUGGUAAUGCCGUCGUCUCUAUUGUCUCUCCAGUCCUGAGCACAGAUGGUCAUCCCCCUAAGUUCUGGGCCCUUAUGUACCUGUUCCUCGGAAUCGCUCAAAUCGUACUUUAUGCCCUACAGGGGACGUGCUUUGCUGUCGCCAGUGCCCGGCUUGCUUACCGCACCCGCACCCGGGCUUUUGCCUCCCUUAUCAACCAAAACAUGGCUUUCUAUGAUCAAGUGGAAAUAUCUUCCGGUUCUCUGGCUGCCUUUCUAUCAACCGAAGCUAGCAAAUUGACAGGUAUCAGUGGGACUACUUUGGGUGCAAUUCUGAACAGUGUCAUGACCCUCAUAACUGCCAUUGCAGUGUCUUGCUCCUUCGGAUGGGAACUGGGUCUGGUAGCUACAUCCACCAUUCCCAUUCUGCUUACGUGCGGGUUCUUACGCUUCUGGGUGAUAUCAUGGGCCGAGUCACGUACAAAGCGAUCCACCGAUGCCGCGGGUAUUGCAUGUGAGGCUACUUCAACAAUAAGAACAGUCGCCGCCUUGGGGAUUGAAGAAACCCUUGUGAAUCUUUAUUGUGAGAAGCUCCGAGCCGAACGACCUCAGACGUUGCGUUUCAGUCUCGGAUCCAGCACCUUGUAUGCCGCAAGCCAGUCCCUCGUUUUUUGGGUCACGGGCUUUCUCUUCUGGUACGGUGGUUCCAAGCUGGUCGCAUCCGGUGAGUAUACGGUCCAGCAAUUCUUUAUCUGUUUCACAGCCGUCGUCUGGAGCUCCCAGGCUGCGGGCAUGGUAUUUUCGUACGCUCCAGAUAUCUCAGGAGCCCGACACGCGGCCGCUCAGCUGGCCGAUCUUCUUUUCAGUCAACCCGCUAUCGACCCGACUUCCCAUAGUGGUGAUGCAACCCAAGGCAUUCCAACUGAUGUAGUAUUCUCGUCGGUAGACUUUGGAUUUCCUUCCGCUCGUGGCUCCUCGGCAGUUCUACAUGACAUUAAUUUCGCUGCUGACAGCGGCAAGUUUACUGCCAUCGUCGGCCCUAGCGGCAGUGGGAAGAGCACCAUCUUGAGCUUGAUUGAACGUCUCUAUGAUCCUAUUCGUGGUACCGUGAUUGUCGGCGGCAAGGAUAUCCGCCAGUAUAAUCUGGCUGAUCUGAGAAGGCAAAUUUCCUUUGUAGGCCAAGAUUCCUGGAUGACAGGUGGGACAAUUCGAGACUGCCUGCAUAGCGAGGAACAAGACUUAUCAGAUGAUGAGAUUGCUGCUGCAUGUCGAGAUGCUAACAUCUACGACUUCAUUAUCUCCCUCCCUGCUGGCUAUAGCACCCCAGUGGGUGGCAAAGGAAGUCAGUUGUCUGGUGGCCAGAAACAGAAAAUCGCCAUUGUGAGAGGACUAUUGCGGAAGCCCAGGAUACUUCUUCUUGACGAGGCAACCUCUGCGCUUGAUUCGGUAUCCGAAAGACAGAUCCGGACUGCUCUCAACAGAGUCGUGGAAGGGCGGACAACAAUUGCUGUUGCCCACCACCUGGCUUCAAUUGCCCAUGCGGAUUGUAUAUACGUCAUGGAUCAAGGAAGGAUCGUUGAGCACGGCCGUCAUGAUGAUUUGCUUACUCGGAGGGGUAUGUAUUGGCGACUUUUCACACUUCAAGAUCUUGAAGGCAAAGAGCAAUAA